CAAAUACUUUAAUUUUGUGUCCCAUUAGAUCCCCUUUCCCCCCUAUUUAAGUCCUUUCAUAUCUUAUCUCUCUUUUCUAUGCUCUCUUCUCUCUCUCUCUCUCUCAAAAUUUCUUCCAACUUCAGAGCAUGGGAAAUCAUGGAGAAGUGCAGCUACACUUUGGGAAAGACGAAGAGGAAAGCAUGAAAGUUACCCCUAGAAGGCAAAUAAGCUCCGUGAACCUAAUCCAACAACAACCAAAAAGUAGCACAAAAACGAAAGGAACUUACCAAAGAUGGCUAAGAAUUGGUGUUUACAUUUUCUUGCUCCUUGCUGGCCAAUCAGUAGGAGUUAUGCUUGGGAGGCUCUAUUUUGACAAAGGUGGCAAUAGCAAAUGGUUGGCAACUUUAGUUUCACUAAUAGGCUUUCCCCUUCUCCUUCCACUCUACAUGAUAAAAUCACUCAAUACUUCACCUUCUUCUAAUAUCACCCUCCAAUCAAAUCCACCCACAUCACCUGCAAAACUUGCCUUUGUUUAUGUCUCUCUUGGCCUUCUUAUUGCUGUUGGUUGCUUUCUUUACUCUGUGGGAUUAAUGUACCUUCCUGUCUCAACUUACUCCCUUAUUUGUGCUUCUCAGUUGGCCUUCAAUGCCUUGUUUUCUUACUUCUUCAAUGGCCUUGUGUUCACCCCUUUCAUUGUUAACUCUCUUGUUCUUCUUACAAUCUCAUCCUCUCUCCUCAUCUUUAAUACCAACGAUCACGUCUCCGAUGGCACCGACCACCACCCUGUUUCUAGAGCUAAGUUUAUUACAGGAUUCAUUUGCACGGUGUUGGCCUCGGCUGGGUACGGGUUGAUGCUAUCUUUGACCCAACUAGCCUUCAAGAAGGUGAUAAAAAAGGAGAGUUUCAAGGCAGUAAUGGACAUGAUAAUUUACCAAUCAAUAGUUGCAAGUUCAGUCAUAUUCAUAGGGUUAUUUGCAAGUGGGGAAUGGAAAACUUUGAAAGGAGAAAUGGAUGAAUUCCAUUUGGGCAAAGUUUCAUACAUAAUGAUUUUACUUUGGACUGCAAUAAGUUGGCAACUUUUCACCAUUGGUUGUGUGGGUCUCAUCUUCGAUGUCUCUUCUCUCUUUUCCAAUGCCAUUAGUGUCUUGGGUUUGCCUAUUGUGCCUGUUUUUGCAGUCAUUUUCUUUCAUGACAAAAUGAAUGGAAUCAAAAUUGUGGCCAUGAUUUUGGCUGUGUGGGGUUUUGUUUCCUAUGGUUAUCAAAAUUAUCUCGAUGAUUUCAAGGACUCUUCUAAGGUCGAAAAUCGAGAUAACUCGAACGAGGUUUCAACGGAGAUUGUUCAUGUUCGACCAUGAUAUAUAUAUGAAUCAUAACAACGUACAUUGCUCCACCUUCUUUAGUUCCCGGUUGAAUAGGUAAGGACAAUCAAAACAAUGCCAACUUCAAGAUCAAUGAUGACUCGUAUUCUCCACUUCCAUGUAGUUGGACUAUAAAAGAAAUUAGUUGUAGUGUUGUAUUUAUCGGGUGUUAGAAAUGAAAAUUACAUUCUAAUCCUUUUGGGUCUUUUUUUUCUUUUAAAACUAGAAAUGAUAUUUGGUUUGUGAUUGAUUUGUUUGUGUUGUAAUGAAUUUCUAUGGGGUAGAUCAGGGUAGUCUAACUUAUGAUCAUUAUUUAUGCUUUUGUUGUAAAAUAAAUUGAAGAUUUAUUUUUUUCCCCUCCA